GGGACGCGUCUCACAACCAGGCGAUGGUGCACUGGACGGGCGAGAACAGCAGCGUGAUCCUGAUCCUUACCAAGUACUAUCAUACUGACAUGGGAAAAGUGCUGGAGAGCUCUUUGUGGAGGUCCUCAGAUUUUGGGACAUUAUACACAAAGUUGAAUCUACAGCCUGGGAUUGCCACUGUUAUUGACAAUUUCUACAUUUGUCCCACCAACAAAAAAAAGAUCAUUCUUGUAAGUUCUUCCCAUAAUGACCGUGACCAAAGCCUUUUCAUAAGCACAGAUGAAGGAGCUACGUUCCAGAAACAACCCAUUACUUUCUUUGUGGAAACUCUCCUCUUCCACCCAAAAGAAGAAGACAAAGUACUUGCUUACACAAAGGAAGGCAAGGUUUAUGUAUCCACUGACUUGGGGAAAAAAUGGGUCCUUCUUCAGGAACAUGUUUCAAAAGAUCAUAUUUUUUGGGCCGUUGCUGGAGUUGAUGGAGACCCUGAUUUAGUUCAUAUGGAAAUUCAGGACCCCAGUGGAGGUUAUCGCUACAUCACUUGCCAGAUUCAGAAUUGUUCUGAUAAGACAAUGACAGUCCAGUUUGCUGGUGUCACUGAUCGGGAUUCCCUGACUGUGCAGGAUGACUACAUAUUCCUUCAGACAACAUCAGCAAAUCGGACCAAGUAUUAUGUAUCCUAUCGUCGAAAUGGCUUUGUGCAGAUGAAGUUGCCAAAAUAUGCCUUGCCAAAAGAUUUACAGAUAAUCAGUACAGAUGAAAACCAGGUAUUUGUGGCUGUUCAGGAAUGGUACCAGACAGACACAUACAAUCUGUACCAAUCUGACCCACAAGGCAUUUACUAUUCUAUCCUGCUGGAGAACGUCCGGAGCACGAAGCAGCCAGAAGAAAAUGUCCUGAUAGAUAUUCUGGAGGUCAGAGGUGUAAAAGGAGUCUUUCUGGCCAACCAGAAGAUUGAUGGGAAAGUUACAACCCUAAUAACCUACAACAAAGGCCGUGACUGGGAUUUUCUAAACCCUCCAGACAUUGAUAUGAAUGGAAAACCUACCAACUGCAAACCUCCUGAUUGCUACCUUCACCUCCAUCUCCGCUGGGCAGAUAAUCCAUAUGUGUCAGGAACAGUCCAUACGAAGGAUACUGCACCAGGGCUCAUCAUGGGGGCAGGUAACCUGGGGUCUCAGCUGGUUGAGUAUAAAGAAGAAAUGUACAUCACAUCUGACUGUGGGAAGACAUGGCGCCAGGUCUUUGAAGAGGAGCAUCACAUCUUGUACCUGGACCAUGGUGGAGUUAUUGUGGCCAUCAAAGAUACCUCUAUCCCACUGAAAAUACUCAAGUUCAGCAUAGAUGAAGGCCAGACCUGGAGUACACAUAAUUUUACAAGCACUUCAGUCUUUGUAGAUGGAUUACUUAGCGAACCUGGAGAUGAGACACUGGUCAUGACAGUCUUUGGACACAUAAGUUACCGCUCGGACUGGGAACUGGUGAAGGUGGACUUCAGGCCAUCCUUCCCCAGGGAAUGCACUGAUGAUGACUAUGAAUCUUGGGAACUCACAAAUCUACAGGGUGAUCGUUGCAUCAUGGGUCAACAGAGGAGCUUUCGGAAGAGGAAGAUUUCAUCAUGGUGCGUUAAAGGGAGAAGUUUCACUUCAGCUCUAACGUCCAAAGUCUGUGAAUGUGCGAACUCUGAUUUCUUAUGUGAUUACGGGUUUGAGCGCUCUGCACCUCUGAAGUCGCAGUCUAGCAAGUGCUUUGCUGACUUUUGGUUUAAUCCAGAAGCACCUCCUGAAGACUGUGUGCUGGGGCAGGCAUACACAAGCAGCAGUGGGUACAGGAAAGUUGUUUCUAAUGUGUGUGAAGGUGGUGUAGACCUGCAGCAGAACUUAGCACAGCAUUUGUGUCCAUUGAUUGCUCCCAAGGGACUUCAGAUCAGCAUCAGAGGAGAAAGCUUGGCUGUUAAGCCUGGGGAGGACAUCACCUUCAUUGUCAGACAAGAGCAGGGUGAUAUAUUGAAUACCAAGUACCAGGUGGAUCUCGGCGAUGGCUUUAAGGCAAUAUAUGUCAAUCUUACAAUGACUGGGGAACCCAUCCGUCACCGUUACGAGAAUCCUGGGAUUUACCGUGUCUCAGUGAAGGCUGAAAAUGUUGCUGGACAUGAUGAGUCUGUAGUGUUCAUCCAAGUCAACUCUCCUCUGCAGGCUUUACAUUUAGAAGUGGUUCCAGUCAUUGGCAGAAACCAGGAGGUGAAUCUGACAGCCAUCAUACUGCCCAAGAACCCUAACUUGACAGUCUUCUACUGGUGGAUAGGAAACAGUCUUCAGCCACUUCUUACAUUGGACAGUUUUCUGGUGACGAGGUUCGCUGUGACAGGUGAUGUCAGAGUGACAGUGCAAGCUUCCUGCGGGAACUCCAUGCUACAAGAUUCCAAAGUUGUCCACGUUUUUGAUCAUUUUCAUGUUCUUCCUCUGAAGUUUACCAAGCACCUGGACAUGUACAACCCCAACAUACCAGAGUGGAGGGAAGACAUAGGGCGUGUAGUAACACGACUUCUUGCAAAGGAAACCAAUAUACCUGAAGAAACACUUAUGACAGUUGUGAAACCUGGUCUGCCCACAACUGCUGACUUGCAUGUGCUCCUACCAGCAAAUCAACCUAAAAGGAAGAGAAGUGUAACUAGUGAUAAGAGAAUAGCGGCUAUAAAGCAGGCCUUGAAUGCACACAACAUCAGUUUCUUUCUGCGAGGAGGAUACUGGGUCUUAGUGACAUUAGCAGACUCUGAUUCAGACUCUCAAAGAAUUGGAGGAGGCAGUGGCUACUGGGCUAUUGUGGUUCUCUUUGUUAUCUGUCUAGUCGCAGUUGGGGCUUUCAUCCUCUACAAGUUCAAAAGGAAACUACCAGGCAGGAAUGUCUAUGCCCAGAUGCACAAUGAAAAAGAGCAAGAGAUGACAAGCCCUGUUAAUCAUAGCGAGGACACCCAGAACAUCAUCCAGGGUGAGGAGUUUAUUGAUGAUGAUCUGGACUCUCAAACGCUAGUGACUCCUUCUGGGAGAAGUGGCAACUUGAACAGCUACAGAGUUCCCCUAUUGCUGAUGCCGGUCAGUGUCCAGUCCCAGGCAAUCACUCAGGCGUGGUUUUGAGCAUCAACUCCAGAGAGAUGCACAGUUACCUGGUUAGCUGAUAUUUACAGCUGAACGCAAAAACCGAAAGACUCUUCUCUGUAUCGUUUUAUUUUUCCCUGGUGAUGUCACAAAAUUGCAAACAUGGCUGUAAAUUGCUGGUGGAGAGAAGGUUCCCUAACAGUCCCGUGGAAAAAAACGUCCAUCGUCAGUUACUGGUGGAGAAGGAUGCACAUCUUGUGUUCACUAAUGGCCUGAGAAUUUGUUAUUCAAACUCAAACUACAGUAGCAAAUGUGUAGCCCUGGGCACAUUCAAUGCCACUUUCUUUCUUUCCUCUAUAAGCUCUAGUUCUCUGUGUUUAUUUUUAGGAGAAUUGACUGUAACUUUUUAAUUAUAAUUUUAAUUGAGGUAUUCAGCAGAAGGAUGGGACUCCUCAGCUUGAAAAGGUGAUUUCUAAACCAUGACUGGACCAGAACAGGUGCUGGUUGGUCUCCAUGGUUUCAGAGGGCCGUAACAGCAGUGGUUCUAUACUGGGAGAGGACUGAGCAAGGAGCUGGAUGUGCUCCUAGUCAGUAGAAGCUCUUAAAUACAUGUGAAGUAAUCUAAGGAAUUUAGGCCUAGGCCCUUCUGUGGAUUAAACAAAGUAAAGCACUAAAUAGGUUAUCUGAUAAUUGUAAGAUAACACUCCUUUAAGUUUAUCAAGUCCUGACAAACCCUCAGCACCAGUACCUCCCCCAGUCCCACCCAUGUAUGAGAUAAACACACCAGCGUGAAGCUUUUCCCAGACCAGGUGCCUUCACUUACGGACGGUCAUUUCAGUUGCUCUCCUCUUGUCUUCUGAGUGAGCACCUCUAGGAUAAUGACAGCUGCCAGAGCAGUUAUCAUGUAACUACCUGUGCUGAUGGCCUGUCUCUUUUUAAAUUUCCUUAGAGUGUAAAUACGUCUUCAUGGUCACUUUCUUUGUAGGAUUAUUUUAUUAAGACUUGCUGUUAGGGCAGAGAUGCCGGGAAGGUGAGAGCCCUCCUCCAGUUUGGACAGCGCAGUCCCUUUCCUACUCACAUCUUCCCUUGGUAUUUCAACUUUGGUGGCAGAUGUGGGCAAACUCAUACCCAUACUUCUCCAUUUGUGUUGGCCUGACAAGCCAGAGGGCAUGAGGAGGGCUUGUAUCAGUGGUAUCAGGUCCGUGCUUCCUUUCUCUCACCACAGGGUGUCAGUCGGGCCCCAUCUCAGCAAUGGUCCCAACUUCUGCAGGUUGGACAGGAGGUUAAGUAGGGCGCUUCUCUUGGAAACCUACAUACUCUCUUCACUUUUUGCCUUCAGUAGAGUAUAAAUAGCUCUUUACUCACUGAAUGUCAUGCCGAUGCUAGUGACAAGCUCCCACACCACCUUGCGUGCAGGGGAUACAGGUAGCUAACUUGAGUAAACAAGCAGUAAAUAAUGAAUGCUGGAAAGACACAAAAGAACUGUCUUAAAAUUACCCCAUGCAUUGGAGUCAUUCUUCUGCAUAGCUGUGAGUAUCCUAAAGCAUAUGGUUGUCAAAUGCAGCAGAGUGGGAUGUCGUAAUUCAGUGCAGUAGUGUGGGAUCUCAGAAACCCCACAGGAUGUAUGUGUAAAGCACAAGAAACUUCAUGUGAUGACCUGGAUGAAAAGGUUAAAGAUGCUGAAAAAUACUGCAGACUCCUCAGGAAAAUAAAUUCAAACUUCUUUCCAAAAUUUCUGCCUAUGUAGUGGUGGAGUGCCAUGCAAACUGACCCAGAGAAAAUCGGUGUUCUAGCAAACUGUUGUGUUCAACAAGUGUAUGCAUAAAUCCAAGAUGUUACACGGAACUGAGUGUGCAUUUCUCAGAGAGAAGUGUGAUAUAGAAUGUGCUGUACAUUGGGAACUUGGUUGCACCAGAGGCUUCCCCUUCUCUAGCUUUUUAUGUGUUCUCUAGUGGAAAUGAGCCUGAACAGACAGUAAAAUAGUAUUGCAAACAGCUUCUUUGUUCCUGUGAAAUGAAUCUGAAGUGGGCAUGGAGCAAGUGAGUAGGGGACUAGUCUCCUGGUCAAGGAAUAGGAUGGAGAUCCAAGCACUGAAAUUGCUCUCCCACUGUUAGUCUGAUCAGUUAAAGACAUUGUUGGAACUGGGUCACGCAUCUGAUCUGUUCUUUAGCAGCUACUUUCAUACAUUUAAAACAGGGUGAUUUGUGUCUCUGAUAACAGCAGUCUUUUGGAAAAGAGUAGAAUAUUUAACCGUGCGGUACUCUAAUUAACACUUAGCACAAUAUAGUGCCUGUAAUAAUGUUUUUCAGUGCUAAUUAAUUUGAUUCAUGCAGCACUCCUGCAAGGUUGGUUUGUCAUGUCUUAAAAGCACUGUUUUCUAAAGAGUUGUCAGUAUUGUUAUAACUGUAUUAGCAAUAUCCAACAGAUAAUAAAGUAAGCCUUUAGUUCUCUGGCAAGAAUAACUUUAAAAAUGAAUUAUUUUGAAACUGAGACAAUACCAUUCCUAUUUUCCCAUUUGCAGUAUAUCUUUAAAUGAAAAUUAUCUCUACUGUUAGGUUUUGAAUCUUUUGAACUAUGUCCAUGAUAUAUAUAUAUCAUAUAUAUAUGUAUAUAUGCCUUAAAACGCUUAUACAUAUGUAUGUAUCUCCUUUACAUAAGUCUGGUUACAUGCAUAUACAGAAACAGAGUUCUUUCUUUGCCUAAACACCAGGCACAUAUGCACACAUGAGUACACACAGUGUUUGUACACACUCCAGUUAAGUUUGUUAGUGAGGAAGGGUAAUUAGCUAAGAAACAGAAGAUGGGUGUCACGCACGUGAAUUCUGUGCCCAGACUCUGGGCAAAUUACUUAACCUGUAACCUCAGUUUCCCCAUCUAUAAAAAGGAACUGAUAGUAAUUACCUACCUCACAGGGGUAUUGUGAGGCUAAAUCAAUUACUAUUUAUUCAGUAUCUUCAGCACAAGUACAUAAUAUUAGUAGUCUUGCUUCUUUGUUUUACUUAUAAUGAUUGCUGUUCCUUAAAGACUACUGAAACCAACCACAAUUAUAUGUAACUGUAAAAAAUGUCCAUAAUCCAAACAGGUACGUAACUGUUAAAAUUAAACAUAAUGUAAUUUGAUUUGAAAACUGUUGCUGGACCAUACUGUUACGCAGUAGCAUUGCAGCAUUGGCUGUGAUCUUGAUAAUUUGCAUCCCAGUAUCGUAAACUUCCUUUUCUGCAGUGCUACAUGGGCAAAAGUCUUACAUUAAUGGGUACGGUGCUUUCUAUCAAUAUUGACAGUGGACUGUACUAAAACCAAUAACAACAAAACCUGGCAUUCUAUCAUUUAGAACUUGUGGUCUUCUUAAAUCGAACCUAUUUGCAAUUUCAAAAACACCCAGUACUUUUCAGAAUGCUCCACUGAGUGCUGAUACGAAGCAUGCUUACACAGCCAUCAAGAUUUAUGGCUGUUAGCGAUGGCUUUCCUUUUGACACUGGAUGUUUGAGAUGGCUGUAGGGUGAUCCGUCCAGAUAAUGUGCUCAGAAAUGCCCAAAGACAUCUAGUGACACGCACCCACCCCCAGUGUAAAUUAAUUUCUUAAAAAUAAAAGCAAUAUAAACUAAUGUGUGCUUUAAUACCCUUUAAAGAGGGUGGUGGAAGUGACUGUGAAGAAAUAGAUGGUGUGAGCCUGAGGCAAGCUGCUGUUAUAGCUCCAAUUCGCAUCCAAUUUCUUUGAACUCUGUGAGGAUAUUUUCAUUGAAUUAUAUCAUUCUUGAUGAGUUUUCUGCUUCCCUUGGCCAGUGGGAAGGGUGAAAUGUUUGUUCUCAUACAGCAGUUUGUUACAUGAUUGUCCUCUGGAGAAAGGCAUAUCACUGGUUUGCCAUUAUCAGUUCAAAGUACAAAGCAGAUUUCAGGUGACAUUACUAUGUUGCUUAUCUGUAUUUUAAGUCACUGAGAAAUUCCUUUAGUGGGAAUACUCUGUAACUCCAUGCUGCCUAUUUAAUAGAGGUUAGCAGAAUGGAACUGCAUUGGUUUCUAUCCUCCUUACACAAAUAUACUUGUGUUUUUUCAUUUGUAAGAAAUGAAGUGCAUUUGUUUGCAGUAACUUUUUGAUGACAAACCAGUCAUUCUGAUAUGCUUUGACUUUUUAAUGUUAUGUAAAUUUGAAUAUGAUGUUGCUAAGUCAGUAGCACUGAUGACAAUUUCAGUUGAAGAUGUUCCCUUUGUUUCCUAUAAAACUGUGCUGUAAGUUUUUUUUAAUGAAGCUCUUGGGGGAAAAAGAGACUAAAAUUUUUUAUUUCAUUGCCAAAUCAUUUACAUUUAGAGUUGCUUUUUAUAUGUUGAUUGAUACUGCUCUGUUUUUUCCAUCUUCAU